CCGGGCGCCCGCCCUUGUGGAAAGCGGGCUUCAGUGGGCGGGGCCGGGGUCCCAGAGGUUCCGUCCGAGGGGCCCUUUUUUCACGUGUCCGGGCCCGCCGUCCCCGCUUCUUUCCUGCUCCCCUUCUCGCCUUCGCGACAUGGGGUUCCUCAAGCUGAUCGAGAUCGAGAACUUCAAAUCGUACAAGGGGCGGCAAAUUAUCGGGCCCUUCCGGCGCUUCACGGCCAUCAUCGGGCCCAAUGGAUCUGGCAAGUCAAACCUCAUGGAUGCCAUCAGCUUUGUGCUUGGUGAAAAGACUAGUAAUUUGAGAGUAAAGACUUUGCGAGACUUGAUUCAUGGAGCCCCUGUUGGGAAACCAGCUGCCAACCGGGCAUUUGUCAGCAUGGUCUAUUCUGAAGAUGGUGUUGAGGAUCGCACCUUUGCAAGAGUCAUCGUGGGAAGUUCGUCAGAGUACAAAAUAAACAACAAAGUGGUACAGUUGAGUGAAUACAGUGAAGAGUUGGAAAAACUGGGCAUUCUAAUCAAAGCUAGGAAUUUCCUUGUCUUCCAGGGUGCAGUGGAGUCCAUUGCAAUGAAGAAUCCCAAGGAACGCACAGCACUCUUUGAAGAGAUCAGUCGCUCAGGUGAGCUGGCUCAGGAGUAUGACAAGCGCAAGAAGGAGAUGGUCAAGGCAGAGGAAGACACCCAGUUCAAUUACCAUCGCAAGAAGAACAUUGCAGCCGAGCGUAAGGAGGCCAAACAGGAGAAAGAGGAGGCAGAUCGAUAUCAGCGUCUAAAGGAUGAGGUUGUACGAGCUCAAGUCCAGCUCCAGCUCUUCAAGCUGUACCACAACGAGGCUGAAAUUGAAAAGCUGAACAAGGAGCUGGGGUCCAAGAACAAGGAGAUUGAUAAGGAUAAGAAGCGCAUGGACAAGGUGGAGGAUGAACUCAAGGAUAGGAAGAAGGAGCUGGGCAAAGUGAUGAGAGAGCAGCAGCAAAUCGAGAAGGAGAUCAAGGAAAAGGAUUCUGAACUGAAUCAGAAGCGGCCUCAGUAUAUCAAGGCCAAAGAAAAUACUUCUCAUAAAAUCAAGAAACUGGAAGCUGCAAAGAAGUCCCUGCAGAAUGCCCAGAAGCAAUACAAAAAGCGUAAGGGUGACAUGGAUGAGCUGGAGAAGGAGAUGUUGUCAGUGGAGAAGGCCCGACAGGAGUUCGAAGAGCGCAUGGAAGAGGAGAGCCAGAGUCAAGGCCGGGAUCUCACACUAGAAGAAAACCAGGUAAAAAAAUACCAUCGGCUGAAGGAGGAGGCCAGCAAGAGGGCAGCCACCUUGGCCCAGGAAUUAGAGAAGUUCAACCGUGACCAGAAGGCAGAUCAAGACCGCCUGGAUCUAGAGGAGAGGAAGAAAGUAGAAACGGAGGCCAAGAUAAAGCAGAAAUUGCGAGAGAUUGAGGAAAACCAGAAGCGUAUUGAGAAGCUGGAGGAGUACAUUGCCACUAGCAAGCAGUCUUUGGAAGAACAGAAGAAGCUGGAGGGAGAGUUGACAGAGGAGGUUGAACUGGCAAAACGCCGGAUUGAUGAGAUCAAUAAGGAGUUGAAUCAAGUGAUGGAGCAGCUGGGGGAUGCCCGGAUUGACCGGCAGGAGAGCAGUCGGCAGCAGCGCAAGGCAGAGAUCAUGGAAAGCAUAAAACGUCUCUACCCGGGCUCUGUGUAUGGACGCCUAAUUGACCUCUGCCAGCCCACCCAGAAGAAAUACCAGAUAGCUGUCACAAAGGUGCUGGGCAAGAACAUGGAUGCCAUCAUCGUUGAUUCAGAAAAGACCGGCCGGGACUGCAUCCAGUACAUCAAAGAGCAGCGAGGAGAGCCUGAGACCUUCCUGCCUCUUGACUACCUUGAGGUGAAACCCACAGAUGAAAAGCUUCGAGAGCUAAAGGGAGCCAAGCUUGUGAUUGACGUGAUUCGAUAUGAGCCUCCUCAUAUCAAGAAGGCCCUUCAGUAUGCUUGUGGCAAUGCCCUUGUAUGCGACAACGUGGAAGAUGCACGUCGCAUUGCCUUUGGUGGGCACCAGCGGCACAAGACAGUAGCCUUAGAUGGGACCCUGUUCCAGAAGUCGGGGGUGAUCUCGGGAGGUGCCAGUGAUCUGAAAGCCAAGGCCAGGCGCUGGGAUGAAAAAGCUGUAGAUAAAUUAAAGGAGAAGAAGGAGAGGCUGACAGAGGAACUCAAGGAACAAAUGAAGGCCAAGCGUAAAGAGGCAGAGCUGCGCCAGGUCCAGUCCCAGGCCCAUGGGUUGCAGAUGCGCUUGAAAUACUCCCAAAGUGAUUUAGAACAAACCAAGACCCGUCAUCUCGCUCUCAAUCUUCAGGAGAAGUCCAAGUUGGAAAGCGAACUUGCCAAUUUUGGGCCCCGCAUCAACGACAUCAAACACAUCAUCCAGGGGCGAGAGCGUGAGAUGAAGGAGCUCAAAGAGAAGAUGAACCAGGUGGAAGAUGAAGUAUUUGAGGAAUUCUGCCGAGAAAUUGGAGUAAGGAACAUCCGGGAGUUUGAGGAGGAGAAGGUGAAACGCCAGAAUGAGAUUGCCAAAAAAAGGCUGGAAUUUGAAAAUCAAAAGACCCGUCUAGGCAUCCAGCUGGACUUUGAAAAGAACCAGCUGAAAGAAGAUCAGGACAAAGUGCACAUGUGGGAGCAGACUGUCAAGAAAGAUGAAGCUGAGAUAGAAAAACUCAAGAAGGAGGAACAGCGGCACAUGAAGAUCAUAGAUGAGACCAUGGCACAGCUGCAGGACUUGAAGAACCAGCACUUGGCCAAGAAAUCUGAGGUGAACGACAAGAACCAUGAGAUGGAGGAGAUUCGUAAGAAGCUGGGAGGGGCCAACAAAGAGAUGACUCACUUGCAGAAGGAGGUAACCGCCAUUGAGACCAAGCUGGAGCAGAAGCGCAGUGACCGCCACAAUUUACUGCAAGCCUGCAAGAUGCAAGACAUUAAGCUGCCCCUCUCCAAAGGCACCAUGGAUGAUAUCAGCCAGGAGGAGGGUGGCUCCCAAGGGGAAGAGACAGCCAGCAGUUCACAGAGGACCUCCAACAUGUAUGCACGAGAAGCUCUCAUUGAGAUUGACUAUAGCGACCUUUCUGAGGAUCUGAAGGAUGUUCAAUCUGAAGAUGAGAUUAAACAGGAGAUGAAUCAACUGCAACAGAAGUUGAAUGAGCAACAGAGCAUAUUACAGCGAAUUGCUGCCCCAAACAUGAAGGCCAUGGAGAAGCUGGAAAGUGUGAGGGACAAGUUCCAGGAGACCUCUGAUGAAUUUGAGGCUGCCCGGAAACGUGCAAAGAAAGCCAAGCAGGCCUUCGAGCAGAUCAAAAAAGAGCGCUUUGACCGUUUCAACUCCUGCUUUGAGUCAGUAGCUACCAACAUUGAUGAGAUCUACAAGGCCCUGUCACGAAACAGCAGUGCCCAGGCCUUUUUGGGUCCUGAGAACCCGGAAGAGCCUUACCUGGAUGGCAUCAAUUACAAUUGCGUAGCCCCAGGCAAACGUUUCCGGCCAAUGGACAAUCUGUCUGGUGGGGAAAAGACGGUGGCAGCUUUAGCUCUACUCUUUGCCAUCCACAGCUACAAGCCUGCUCCAUUUUUUGUCUUGGAUGAGAUUGAUGCUGCUUUGGACAAUACCAACAUUGGAAAGGUAGCCAAUUACAUCAAGGAACAAUCGACUUGCAACUUCCAGGCCAUUGUUAUUUCCCUGAAGGAGGAGUUCUACACCAAGGCUGAGAGUCUUAUUGGUGUUUACCCCGAGCAAGGAGAUUGUGUCAUCAGCAAAGUCUUGACCUUUGACCUCACCAAGUAUCCUGAUGCCAACCCAAAUCCCAGUGAGCAGUAGACACAGAAGAAGCUGAACCACUGCUUGUCUUUUCUCAACUUUACCUCCCACUGGUCCCAUGUUGUUGUUUUUCCCCUCUCCUCCAAAGGCCUUAAACCAUUGCCUGCCCUUUAUUUCUCCUAUGGAACUGCUAGCAGGUGUGUGUUGGGCAGGGGGUGAAAAUAACCUAAAUGUUUAAAGAUAAAGCGGCAUCGCUCUUAGAUUGGGGGCCGUCAUCUUUGUGUCUGUAAUGACAGAUUUUCCCUUCUCUCCAAAACUGUAGCUGCAAGGCUACCUUCUACCCCCACCCUUUUUUUAAAGACAGCAUCUCAUUGCUGUACGGGGGAAGAGAAAAGGAGGAAUCUUGUUUCUCCAGUAUAACCUACUUUGCUUUUAAAACUCUUUAUAGGACCAAAAUAAUAGUGGUUUCAUGAGAAUUCUUCUCAUACCAAGCUGUCGCCUAAGGUGUGGCUCCAGAUUUUGCUCUUUUUUUAGCCUGAUAUCAUGUGUGUGUUUUUGUGUGUGAUUGAAAUUAAAAUAUUUCA